CUGCUGGUAGGGACGCGAGCUACUUUCGGUUCAGUUUCCCCGUACGCUGGCUACCGACGGCUUCGUGCGUUCCUGUUUCUGGUGACUCUUGGUGCUUGUUGAACCCCCUGCGGUUGCGCGCUGCUUCAUCUGUUGGAUCGGCGUCGCGUCGGCGGGACACGUUUGUACGCGUUGCACUUGGACAUCCCCGCGGAUCAACCCACGCCACGUGCUUCUAACGACGAGGAUCUCGCCGGAACGUCCGUCAUCCAUGCCUCUGGCAACGGCCGUGGCAAUGACCCGCAAGAGCAGUGGACUGUCUCCGAUCCGCGUCAUGGUCAUGGGAAGCCGGAGUGUGGGGAAAUCAGCCGUGACAGUGCGAUUCCUCACACGGCGGUUCAUCAGCGAGUACAGCUCGAUGAAGGACCUGCUCUACAGGCACACGGUUCUCGUGGACAACCGGACGUUAGAACUGGAGAUCUUGGACACAUCGAGAUAUCAGGAGAACAAAUUUCCCGAGGACAAGAUGGGCUGGGCCGACGCCCUGGUCGUUGUCUACAGCAUCGAGGACCGGUGGAGCUUCGAAGAGGCCACCCUGUGCCUUCAGAAGGUCCAACAGCUCUGCCCCUGCCUGCCCACCAUCCUCGUGGCCAAUAAGCGAGACCUGUCGCACGUCCGCCAGGUUGACGUGGACGACGGCCGGCAGCUUUCCCUGCAGCUCCACUGCCAGUUCUACGAGGUCUCGGCGGCGGACAGCUACGCCGGCGUUAGCAUGGCCUUCCAGAGCAUCCUGCGGGAGGUCCUGGCCACCAAGAUCCUCCGGUCGCUGACCCCCGUCCGGCGGCGAUUGACCGUCGUCACGGUCUCCAAGAUGCUGGGCGCUGUGUUCGGCAAGAACGGCAAGCGCCAUAAGAAGAGGCCGUCCCUGUCCUUGUAAGGACAAGCAGUGCGAGAUACUACAGACUCGUUUUGUGUACAUAAAAUGCGGAACUCGUCGAAGAGUGGGAAGAGGACGCUGUCUAGGAGUGCGUUGUGAUCGGACAGUUUUUUUUUUUUUUGGUUGUUGUUGCCGUUUCCUUUUUCUGCCAUGGUAAUGGGAACAGUCUGACACGCAGCCUGAGCGUAAGCCGUCGUCGUAUCGGGCUUAUCUCGAGAAUGUGCAGCUUGUGUCGAAAGUACCUGGCCCAUAUCGACCCUUACGGAAAAGACGUAGCCAGAAUACAAAGGCUCCCUCUGCAAGAGCUCUGUAUUCCUAUAGAGAGCGAAGGUGUCUGUCUCCCUCAAGCUUCAUAUCACUUGGAGUGUAAAAGUGCGACGGGCUGUAAGAUAACGCGCAUGUACGUGGUACCUCCCUUGAGGUGGCGAGUGGCUUAGGUGCUGAGAAACAACUUGUAUAUUUGGUCAGGCAUUAGAAGUGAGCAAUCUCGUUUUGCUCGAGGACUGCAACUGCUAUACUUAAAUUCCAUUCAAACCAAAGUGUGCGAACUGCAUUCCUGUCUUCUCUUACAUUUUUUGUUUCACGCCCGCCUUAUUUUUCUUCUCGGAGCCUAAAUCAAUCGAUAGUAAUAACAGUUUGUUCUGUCUUUUCAUGUGCAAAUAUGUUGAUUGUGAAUAAUGUUCGUAAGCAUACAAUUCGUGUGAUGGCAAGACACACGAGGGGCUUUAAUGUGGCCGACUUAUUGACACCACAUUGUACUGCAUCACUGGGGGCAAAGAAUAUUAAUCAAUAAUAGGUUGGCUGCGCAAAAAAAAGCAUUAAAGUUUCUUUUUGUCCUGGCUUUGUACGGCGAAAGAAUUCUAGUCGCUAUAAGUCGUCGAUCUUGGACACAAACGACCAAUUCUCGUAUAAAAUGCUGGCAACCGUUUGCACACCAAUACGCUCAACGGUAAGCGCCGCAUAGGUAUCAUCGAUAGCGACUCAAUGUGCCAAGAAUAGCAGUGCUCAAUUUGUCACUGCCAGACUGUGAUAUACGCCAAGUGUGAAAUAGGUUUUUGUUGUCUCGUUGUGUAUUUUUUUUUUUCUGUGAAACUGUGUUAAGGUCUUUGUGUUCUGCGCUGUAAUGCUGCCUUCAAGACUAUAGUGUGCAUAACGGUCUGUCAUUAUUUGCAAGUCGCAGCGAAAUGUCGUGAGAAGGGAACAAUGCUAAAAGACCUCUCCUUCUGUACACGUUGUUCAUUUCAUUAUAUUUGACGAUUAUAGGCACAUAAAUUAUGAAUCUCAUGUCAUGUAUAUUAUUUAUGACUUGUAUGUGCCAUCGGCAUGUUCUUCGUGAACAGACAUUGCAUUGUCACUGAUAUUCAUGUGUAUACGCCGAGCUCAUUUGGAUGCUCAAAGUUCCUGUCGUCGUUGUCGCCUUGAUAUACUUACUCGUGAUGUCGAAAAUAAAAAGUCAAUAUAAUUCUUUCUAA